AUGAAUAUGUUGGAUGAUGAAGAUGACCAAAGCUUUCACGCUACGCGUGACGGCUACUCCCAUUUGAGCGAUGUCGAAUGGGAUGCGGUUGAACGAAUGGGUUCGACCAUGGGCAUCCAUGCUGUUAGCGUCAUGCUAGAGGCUCUCAAUAGAGAUGCCCAACAUGCUACUAUCGCCAAGUUCAUUCAAAAUGAACUUGACGCUGAACGUGAGAAAGUAGCCUUGCUUCACCAACAAGGUUCUCAACAAGCAGAGUUGUUGAGAGAACAAGGUGCUCAACAGUUUGAACUGUUGAGACAGCAGCAGGCUGCUGCUGGUGGGUCGAUGCACUCGCGUCGACCCGAGACUUUGAAGAUUGACAUCUCCAAGGCGCGUCGCAUCGACGACGGGGAUAUGCAAGUUGCAUUUGCCCAGUCAAAUCUGGCAGGACGUGCCAAGACUUGGGCACUGGGGCUCAAGUUGCACGACCCAUAUGCGUUUGGGUCGUUGGAAGUCUUCAAGUCGCGGCUCAGACAAACGUUUGAACCGCCUAGAGCUGAGUUCAGGGCUCGAACCGAACUCUUGAAGCUCAAACAGGGUAAGCGUGAUGUGCACGCUUACGCCCAACAUAUACGACAUCUUACGAGUUGUAUAAGUUCCAAUCCGGUGGAUGAACACACGUUGGUUUCGGUGUUCAUGCAGGGUCUUGCGGAUGGUCCCGUCAAGACUCACCUGUUCCGGCUUGAACUAGAUUCACUAGAACAAGCCAUUUCCAUUGCGGAGCAGGAAGACUUCAGUCUGAGACAGGCUCGCGCCAGCUCGACAUCAUAUCGUCAACCGAGACGAUAUGACAGCGGAGGUCCAGAGCUGAUGGAACUCUGUUAUGUAGAGAGCGAGAAGGCUCGCUCUACAGGCUACAAGAAGUUGCAGAGAUGCAACAGAUGUCAAAAGACAGGACACUACGCUUACGAGUGUAGUGCCCCUCGUCCAGUGUCUCGCGACACUGGGCGUAGUGACCGUCCACCCAUGAGAAAGGGGCAGGGACGAGGGUCCGCAGUUGGUGCAAAGACGCAACAACGGGAUGGACCGUCAAAAAACGGACAGGAUCAGUAG